AUGCCCAGCAACGCCCAGGAGGGCAACCUCGUGGCCCGCGCCGACUGCGGCCACAUCCUGCCCGCCUGCAACGGCGGCCGCGUGGUUGGCCAGACCAACUGCCGCUGCUCCGGCCAGAAGGAGACGUGUGAUCUCUGGACUUGCCCCGGUGGAGCCCCCAACACUAUGGUUUGCGGCCAGGCCGGCACCGGUUGCGUUUGGAUCUAA